AUGAAGGACUUUUUUGUAUUUAGAAUACAAGAAAGGUUAGCUGAUGGUUCCCCAUUGCUGUAUUCAAGAAGAUUAUUCCAACAAUUUCUGGUGGAUGGAUAUUCUAUGGUUGAGUCUUCUAGACUAACAUAUAUUCGAUUAGACCAGGACAAAUUUAGGUGUGAGAUGUACAAGGAAAUAAGUGAAGCUGUAUUGAUGGGUGAAACAACACCUUCAUCAAGGGAUAAACGUAUCAUACUUUUGUCAUCUUUCACUAGAGAGUCAAGAUAUAUGAUACAGAACUAUCAAGAUGCUAUGACAAUUUGUAGGGUUGUUGGAUACCCAGACCUCUUCUUAACCUUUACUUGCAAUCCUAAGUGGCCUGAGCUUGAGGAUUUUCUAAAGAAUAUGGAUCUAAAUGCUGAAGAUCGUCCUGAUAUGAAGCGUGGUCUACCCCAUGCACACAUCUUGGUCUUCUUAUAUCGAGAUGACAAGUAUCCAACUGCAGAUGAUAUUGAUCAAACCAUAAGUGCUGAAAUACCAGAUAAGGACAGAGAUCCACUAUACUAUGAAGCUGUAGAAAAACACAUGAUGCACGGUCCAUGUGGGAACAUCAGGAAAUACUCACCGUGCAUGGAGAAUGGAAAGUGUGUUAGACACUUUCCUAAGAAAUUUGUCAACAACACUACUAUUGACAAGGAUGGAUAUCCUGUUUACAAGCGAAGAGAUAAUGGAAAGACAAUUAGCAAAUGUGGGGUUGAACUUGAUAAUCAUUAUGUUGUCCCACACAAUAGGAAGCUUCUUUUGAGAUAUGGGGCACACAUUAAGGUUGAAUGGUGCAACCAAUCAAGAUCAAUCAAGUACUUAUUCAAGUAUGUUAAUAAAGGAAACGAUCGAGUAACUGCUUCGUUUUACAGCAGUGGCACAGCCGAUGCAGAGAAUGAUGAGUGUGAUGAAGUUAGCAUGUAUUAUGACUAUAGAUAUAUAUCUCCAUGUGAAGCAGCUUGGAGAAUAUUUUGGUACGGAAUCCACUUUAAAGACCCUUCUGUGGUACAUUUGGGAUUCCACUUGCCAGGUGAGCAACCUGUUGUUUUUCAAGAUCAUGAAAAUCUAGAAGAUGUUGCUAAGGCUUCUGUGAAGGAAUCUAUGUUUCUUGAAUGGUUCCAGGCAAACAAGAAGUACAGUGAGGCUCGGAGUUUGACAUAUUCAGAAUUUCCAUCCAAGUUGCUGUGGAAGCCACUAUUAAGGAAAUGGUUCCCACGCAAGUCUCAUUCAGGUAUUGGACGGAUAUUCUUUGUGCCGCCAGGAUCAGGAGAAAUAUACUAUCUUCGAUUACUCCUAAAUUUUGUGAGAGGUCCAACCAGCUAUGAGGAUAUUAGAACUAUUGACGGUAUUUUAUACCCUACAUUUAGAGAUGCAUGUUAUGCACAAAGUAUUCUAGAUGAUGACAAGGAAUAUAUCGAUGCUACUGAGGAAGCAAGUAUUUGGGGGUCAGAUUUACAUAUGACAGAGACAGAAAUAAGAGACUUGACUCUUAUUGAAAUUGAGAACUUAUUAAAGGGAUACAAUAAGAGCCUAAAAGACAUCCUUUCUAUGCCAUUCCCUAAUAUGGACAUGUGUUAUCAACAAUUGAUGUCCAAUGGUGUCAAUAGGCUUAUUUGUGACGAGCUUCGUUAUGAUAGGCGACAAUUGGUAGUGGAACAUGCAGAUUUAUUACAAAAGCUAACAGAUGAGCAGAAGAGAGUGUAUAAACAAAUAUUAGCAGCUAUCAAUAGUGGUGAUGGUGGUGUGUUUUUUCUAUAUGGAUAUGGCGGUACAGGGAAGACAUUUGUUUGGAAAACAUUAGCUGUUACAAUUAGAUCUAAAGAUCAAAUUGUCUUGAUGGUUGCUUCGAGUGGGAUAGCAUCUCUCUUGCUCCCUGGUGGAAGGACAGCACACUCGCAUUUUGCAAUCCCUAUUAACCUUGAUGAGUUUUCAACAUGUAACAUUAAUCAGAACAGCCCUUUGGCAGAGUUGAUAAUUUGA